AAGUUCAGAAUAUCCGUUCUACCAUUAAUAAAAGCGAAAUAACUACUACAAAUAAAAGCCCUGAAAUAAUCACAGUUGCUGAGAGCCCCGAAAUAACUACUACCAAUGAAAAAGAUGCAUAUUGCAAAGUGUACUUGGCAAUUUAUUACUGA